UAACUAAGCCACGGAUUAUUCUUCGCCGUGUUUAUAUCUCCCACUGAAUGUCAUCAUCUUCAUCGUCAUUAAUCCCUUCUUCGCAAUCACAAUCACAAUCUCGCCUCAUAAUCCACGCCUCACGUUUUCUAGCUCAAAUUCCGCUGAUUCCGAUCGUCCUCUCGUAUCUCGAUUCAGUUAGCGAUUGGUUUGUAUGGUGGUUUUUUCAUCCCCUUGCCCUUUUGGUCAAUCAUUUCACCGAUGAUGGCGAAUUGUUAUCUAAUCGAUUUGCGUUCAUAUUCGGCUCUGUUCUUUGAAGAUUGGCCUGUUCUUCGUUGAUUGGUUUGGCGUCUGCCCGUUAUAGAUCUCCAUUUGAUUAGUCAAAUUAGGUGAACUUGUAAAUCUCGAGGUAGAUUGGAAAUUCUUUAUUGGCGCACUAGUACGGAUUUGAGAUUGAUCGAGAUUGAAGAUAUAAAUUGCUAAGAUAAAAAUAAAUAGGGAUCGGAAUCCGAAUGGCUAUGAGAUUACCAAUGGUUGAUUGCCGUAGCUUGAUUGAAUUUUGCCGAGCCUUCGAACAGCACAAAAAUAUGACACCGACGAUGAAUAACAACAACAAUCACUCUCGGAACAAUAGGAAGUAUGGUUCCAAUUCCAAUUCUAAUUCCAAUUCCAGCUCCAAUUCAAUAAACCCUUUGUAUCAUCCGUUUUGCGAGCGAUCCCCCUUUGCAGCGCUCGAUAUUCUUAUGCUGAUUCUCGUAUUAGGAUCACUCGGAUUCCUAAUCAUACCAUACAUGAAUACAAUCUAUCAUGAAGCAAUUGAGAUUCUCCCAUUGGUUUUUGAAGUGAUCGGAGAUAUAAUAUCAGAUGCACCAAUUGCAUAUGUUGUUGGUUUGGUUGCAGCUUUCAGCGGAGUGAUAGCUAGUAUUGCCGCUUGGGAAAUUCUCGAAGUAAAAUCAAGGAAAUGUGGAAAGCCAGAUUGUAAAGGGUUGCGUAAAGCUGUUGAGUUUGAUAUCCAGCUUGAGUCUGAAGAGUGUGUCAAGUAUUCAUCAUCAGGAAGAACAACAGAUUAUGGCGUGAAGCCAUUGGAACUAGGAAAAGAUCACAAGGAGCUGGAAGCCGAGUUGAAGAAGAUGGCACCUCUUAAUGGUCGAACUGUUCUUAUUUUCAGAGCACCAUGUGGAUGUCCAGCCGGAAGAUUGGAGGUAUGGGGUGCUAAAAGAAUCCGUAGAAUCAAGAAAUGAUUUUCUUUUUUUUUAAUCUUAUGCUAGAUUUCUCUUUAGAUAGAAUAAACAUGAGCUGAUAUUAUUAUUUAAGUCUCCUUGUUCACCUACAUACAUAAUAACAGAUCCCUGAAAUCUGCAUCUUUUACUUGUUAUACUUAUCAAAUUUGAUGAAAAAAAGUAAGAACCUUUGAUGUUUA